AUGUCCACGCACCAAUCGCUUCCUUCUUCUUCUUCCUCUCUUCAGCAUAUUGAACCUCAUCAGCAUCAUCAACCUCAUGAGAAGAAAGCCAAUGAUGAUAAUCAUCAAAAAAUACAUAAAUCAGAAUGUUGUUGUGGAAAAUCUAACAAAAAGGAAAAUGUGAUUUCGGAAAAGACAUCUAGUUGUGGUUGUGGUUGUAAAUGUGAUCGUGUAAAUAAUAAUAUUAAUAAUAUUAAUAAUAUUAAUAAUAAGAAUGGAGUGGUGAAUAGUAGGAAUGAAGAGGAGAAGGAGCAACAACAACCAAUUGUGAAUAGUAAUCAUCAGCAAUUGAUAAUUGUUCAAGAUCAAGAGAAUAGACCAAAACCAAUACCAGCACCUCCGAUGAAUGAUCAGUGUAGGGAAUAUUGUAAGAAGGUUUUAGAUGGUUUAUUGGAGGAAUAUGAAUUGUUGAAUGAUUCGAAUAGUGAAGAGUCUUGUUGUGAUAAAAUUCAAACUAAUCUCAAUUCUAAAUGGCCUAAACAUAUAACAAUAUGUGGAAUUGGAAGUUUACUUUCUGAAAAAUCAGCCAGAAGAACUUUUCCUAAUUUAAUCAACUUUAGAAAGGCAAUUGUAAAAAAUUAUGUCAGAUGUUUCAAUUUGGUGGCAAUUUCUAGUUUAAAUUUUGGUGAUUUGGAAAAGAGGAAAAUUGCAUCAGUUGCUGCAGUUCAUCAAUCAGAUUUAGAAGAAGAAACUAUUAGAAAAAUUAUUCGAUUACAAAGUCAAGACGAAACAAGACAAGAAAUUGAAAUGCACUGCUCAGUUUUUGAAAUUCCUUUGACAGAGGAAAUUUGGUGUGCAUACAUGACACGUGAACAUCGAUACGAAUUCAAAUUUAUCACAAUUGACCAAGAUUUUCAAAAUGGAGUCAUGCAAGCAUCAUGUUCCUGUUGUGAAAAUAACUGUCAAUGUUCUGAGUUUUCCUCCUGUGGAUGCAAAGCACUCAUGUGUUGUCAAUUCAACGAUGAUUCGUAUAGAAUUGAACGAUGUUCCAGUUACGAAAAUGAAUAUCAUGAAAGAGUAGCUCAACACUUUCAAGGUCGAUUAUGGUACCACACCAAACAUGUACAAAACGAGAAACACAUUCACAAUAAUGAAAUUCCCAUCAAACCAAUUCCAAAAUAUUUGGAAUUAUGUUUCAAUGCUGCUCUAGAAAUGGGAAGAUCAGCAUUUGAGAAUUUUCUCCAAACAAGUGUGAUGGCAGAUGGUGUAACCUUACUGGAAGAUUAUCUGAAAGUAGAAGAACCUGAAUUGUAUCAGAAAUUUAUUGGAAAUCAACAAGAUUUGUGAAAUUCGAAUGAGGACUGCCUUUUCAAUUUCGAAAUCAACUUUGAAGCUCAUCAAAUUCCUCCUUGGAAGCUCAAAUUUUCAGACGCACAAUUAUAAAUUUAAACACGCACUCCACAC